AUGCAGCUCGAACCCAGCAGAGACGCCGAUUCCGAUGCCAAUUCCGCUCACCUCCGCCGAAGAGCGUGUAUCCCCUGCACGAAGGCAAAGCGACGCUGUGACAUGAAUCGCCCUUGCUGUGAGCGAUGUCUGGACAAGCAAGUCACCUGUCGAUACUCUGUGGCCCGUCCGUACGCACGUCGAGCCGUCAGGUCGCCCCAGAUGGGGAGUCCUAGCUCCAGUAGAAGCGCAGAAUCUCAAGCGACGCCGUUGCUAGAGUCUUCGCUCUCAACCUUGCUGGACGCCGAAGUCAGCCAUGACAACUACCACGGCGGAGGCUACUCAAAAGAUGUCAACGGCAUCCUCAAUCCACCGUAUUGCACAGCCUCCUGGUUUCUCCGGGUCGAGCACUGGGUCAUCUACCACGGCGACGCGCAUCCGCCCCGGCUUCCCGCAGUUCGCGGCUCAAUCCUGCAGCAGUAUAUUCGCUGCGUGAGAAAAUGGCUGAUGCAAUGGGUCGAGUCAGGUCACUGUCCGAUGAUACACAGGUCCCUGUUCGCCGAGACGGGAAUGCCGCCCUGUGUCCAAGAUGCCUAUGCCGCCCUGGCAGUCUACGGGACGAAGAACGAGAACAACGAAGAGAUGGUGAUGCAGCACAUUCAGGACAAAACCGAUGCCCUACUAGAGAGAUACUCUUCUGAGAAAGAUCUGCUUGCUGAGGCCUUUGUCGCCGUGUCGCCCCUCUCGACCAUUCAACACCUUGCCAGAGUGUUGUCCCUGUUCGUAUACGUCUUCAUACGCCUCUACGACGGCCACAUCCGACAACGAGCCGAAGCCGAGAAACUCAUCCCUCUGCUAAGAGACUGGACCGUCCAGCUCUGGGACUCCGUCAACAUCGACGUCACGGUACAAAACGCGUUUGGCGGCGACUACCUCAUGGCCCAGGACAAAACAGAAGCAGUCGUCAAGCUGUGGCGCAUCUGGAUCUUGAUGGAGAAUGUCCGCCGGGUCUGGAUGGCGAGCACAUGCAUGACGUGCAUCUAUCUCGUAUCGAGAGACGGAAAAGGUCACUGCGACGGAACGAUUGACUUUACGGCUCGACGUGGCCUCUGGGAUGCAGCUUCUGCACCAUUGUGGAGGAACAUGCUAGAGCGAAGGGAUCCCCUGUUCGCGGUGCCUUUUCAGACGGCUUGGCUGUUUGAGAGGACGACAGUGAAAGACAUUGAUCCUUUUGGAUUGACUAUGAUGAGUCUCACGGUGAACUCGGACAAGCUUGACUCGUGGAUCGCGGAGUCAACGGACAUGCAUUUGGAGGAACUGCUGACGACUGUGUAA